GCUGCACGUGGAAAAUGGCGAGCAGCAGCAAGGAGUUGGACUUGGGAGGGCUCAUACUGCAGGUCCUGGAAGAAAAGGGGCAGUUGGACUCUUUUGACUUUUCCAGAGAGGCGGGGAGAGAACAUCAGACUGUAGUGGGAGCCAUAAAGAGCCUCCAGUCGGUGGGAAACGUGGUGAGCACCGAGCAGAGACAGUUUGAGAGCUGGGUACUGACUGGGGAGGGGCAGGAGGUGGUGGAGAAUGGAAGUCAUGAGGCCAGAGUGUACAACGCAGUGACCUCCGAUGGCGGCUCUCUUCAGUCGGAAAUCAUGCUAACAUUUAUUAUUUCUUAUAUGCAAUUGGAAUAUGAAGACAUUUCUCUAAACCCUAAAGUCAAUGUUCAACAUAAAAUUUCCCCUCUCCUUCCAAUUCCAGACAGUAUCCCCAAUGCCAAGGUAGGAUUCAGCAAGGCCAUGUCGGCCGGCUGGCUGAGGAUAGACAAGUCGGCGCCGGGCGGAGCAAGGGUGUUUCGCAAGACCGACGCCAUCCGAGACAACGUGCAGGAGUCUCUGAAGCAGCUGGCAGCGGAGGAGAACUGA